AUGGCUGAUCCCACCGUGAAGGUGGAAUUUGAUGGCAACGACAGCGAUGCCAGUGGUGAUGAGGGCCCUACGCUGCCACCACUGAAGGCCCGGCUGAUCCUGGCCAUGGAGGAGGUGACCGGUGAAUGGAAUAUGGGGAGAUUCAUCCACGACAAGUUCAACAAAGAUGAGGACUCAAGACGCCAAUUUGCCAAGGUCAUGUUGGACAUCUACAGUUUGCCGGAGGUGGCAGACCAUGUUGCAAAGAACUUCAAUGGUUCCCCUCCCCUAGUGCUGCAGUCGGUGCCAGUCACGGCCCGAAAAGGUGUCUACAUCCACCCGUGGCAAUUGUCAAUGGGUGAGGAUGCGAAAUAUGGCCAAGGGGGGAAGUGGCCCAGUAACGUGGCAAUCCGUUGUCACUUUCCAUCUGUAGUCCAACGUGGCUACGAGACGGAGAGGGAGCCGUUGGAAAUCAAGUUUGGAGAGGAUCUCUUUGGCUCUGGCAAGGACAUUCCUGUGUUCUCCAUCCAAUAUAUCGACGGUCACGCCAAGGCUGUGAUGAUUUUGUCAGUUUUUGCCCUCCUUGCCCACUUGGAGGUGCGGUUUGAGGACCUCGUUUCUGACCCUGAGAUGCUUGACCUCCUUGCCAGCUUAAAGUACAUCAGGGUGAACUACAACCACAUGUCUGCUGAGAAAGCUUUGUAUGAGGAAGCCAUUCGUUGCAAGCGCCUGAGCAAGCAGCGGGCUGCAGUCCGAGAUCUUCUGUCGAAUGCCAUUGCCGACUACAACAAGGGGACCCCGAACAAGGACGAUCUGAAGAAGGUGAUUUAUGGAGUUCUAAGAUGUCCUCCUCAACUCUUAGAUCUUUUGAAAGAAGCUGCAGAUCUUUACAAGUGGGAACAUGGAGCUUGGACAAUGGAGAGCCUGGCAGAAGACUACUAUGUGCCUGGAACCCAACUUUGCUCCCCGGCUGUCUUGGAUGAUUGGUGA